AUGAGAAGACCACCAAAGCUCUCCUCGUCCCCGGACGAGAAGAAAGAGCACGAAUCACAGCACCCGAAGAAGAGAGUUAGGCCAUUGGCGCUGCCGGAUGAGACCUGUGACAUGGAUGAGGCAAUAGUGGAAGAUAUUACUGAUGAAGAGGAACAAAAGAGGGAGAACCCUCACCAUAACCCUAGUGAUAGCCAAUGCCCGCCUUCAGCCCCGACACAUGCUACGCAAGCACAGACGCCGCUAGGCUGGGGAGAAGCAAGAAAAAAGCUUUUUAGCGAAGCGGUGCAAGAGGUCGAGUGGUAUGUGGCGGAAUCAGACUCAGAAGAUGCGGCCAAGGCGAUGAAAGAAGAUGCGAGAGACGAGGAAAGAGAAGACACUGACGACCCCCUAUGCCCUACGGCACUUUACAACCUAUGA